CCGGAAACUCGACCUGGAGAACGACACGGAGUACCGCUGCUUCAUCGGUCCUGACUUUGUCGAGGAGGAUAAAAUCACAAUCAGCGCUGCUGAAGUCGAAAAGAAAAAGCGUCUGGAUGAAGCCUCUGAGAGGGAGAAUUUUCUGGAUGCGAUGCUAGCCUUAGAGGAUCUGCAGGAGGGACGGAGGCGAAGGGGACCGCCACCGCCAGGAGUGAUGACAGUGGAGUAUCCUGUGCAAAAGUAUCGCACUCGUAGUAAUUGCAUUUCUGCAUUACAAAUCUCUUUUUCAAGGUAAAUAAGCAUUACAAAUUUAAUAAUUUGUAAUGCUGGGCUAACUUGUUAUGCAAUUUAUACUAGUACGAUGCUUUUGCAUUGCAUACGGAGCUAGGGGAUGAGAAAGCUGCGGAGAUGAACGAAGAGGGGAAAAUCUACAAAGCUGGCACGACCGGCGGUGCCGUUAAAAAAGCGAAAUCUAAGAAAGCGAAAGACAGGACGAGAACACCCUCAACCGCGGAGAUUUCCUCUUCAAAAGCGGAAGGUCGGGAGAAGGUUGAUGCCCUUCCGACAGGUGCAGCUGCCACAGAUGGUGAUGCAAGCGAAGACGAUGCUUCAGCUUCACACGACGAUAAUGAUAGUGUGGACGACGAAGAGGAAGAUGGCGAGCAGAUUGAUCUUUCACCGGAAGGUCGUGAAACGUCGCACCUCGGCACCGAAAAUGCAGAAGAUGUUGAGAGCAUGCCACUCAAUCCGACCACGUCGAGGAAGCGCGAGGACUUUGCCGCAUUUUCUAGAGCAUCGCGGGAAAGAGACCAAUCCGUGGGUUUGGAAGACGGCAGCGAUAAUGUAGCCGUCGGCGAGGACGUCGAGGACGCCAUACGUGCCAAAAAGAAGAAAGCACUGAAGGCCGGGCCGAAGAAAAAAGUGAAAUCGAAAUCUAACGCAAACAAGGGCAGCGCUACGGCUACCGGUACGGGGGACACUGGAACUACCACUGCAAGUGGCCGACCUGCAGAAGUGGAAUCUCCACAAGCGAAGCCUGAGGAGGAGAAGUCAGCCAACGAAGGAGCAACGGCUUCCUCUUUUUUCUCUCACACUACGGCCUGGAAUCUGCUGGGGUCCGUACAAGAAACGCUGACGAACGUGACCAGCAUCGCAACGGAGCACAAAGACCGUUUGAUGAAGGCCGCCGAGACCGCGGUCGCGGAGAGCACGUCCCCCACCAGCGGUGGCAUCAAAGAAAAAUCGGCGGAGCACCUGCAAAACCUAGCGGACGCAGUCUACAGGCUCUACGACCACGAGCAGGCUGCGGAAGAGAACGCGGUUUUGACCACGACGAGGGUCGGCGACCAAGGCAGAACGAGCGCAAACAAGGAGCCGCUUUUGCGUUUGGCGGCUUCAACGAGUCUGGGAGAGGAGGGCGACGCCGCGGAUGGCAAGGAUUUGGCGCAGCAGGAUCGUGUGUCAACAGAUUUGGACAAAUUGGCGGUGGAAGAUCAUGCACGAGAUGAUGUUGAAAAUGAAAACGCUAAAAACAAAACGACCGCCGACCCCGCCAUCACUCUCAAAAAGGAGGAAGAAGAGGUGGCCCAGAACGCCAAGGCCAUGCACCAUUUAGGGCUGAUCACGACAGAGCGGAAGGACGGCAUUCUCUCCGCAGUCGCUUCUGCGUCCUCCGCUUUCGGAGGCCUGUUUACCAAAGCGGCAAAAGCCGCCUCGGAAAAAAUAACCGCGAAAUCGCUGGGGGAAAAAGACGCAACAGCAGAAGCUUCUGGAACUGCUACUCCUGCUCCAGUCUCCUCCUCGACCCCCGAGUGGUCCUCCAGGCGCGCACGGCUUGCGGAACUGAAGAAGAAGCUCCGUCUGCUCGGUCGAACCAGGCUGGCGCUUUAUGACAGUGCACAACGCGGCCACCCCCUCCCGCUCAUUUGUCAUGCAAAAUACCCAAUCCAGCCUAUGCCUCUUGAUGGCACUGUUUCUUUGCAUGACAAGUUCUGGUAGCCCAAAGAAGACUACACUCCAGUGCAAAUCUGUCAUGCAAAACCGGCACCCUUGGUGAUGCUUGUAUUGCCGCUCAUGCUAUACAAAUGAGGGAGAGGAGGGGUUGUGCACUGUUAUACGCUCGGGGAGCGGCUUACCAAACUCCGCGCACCGGAAGACAAGCCGGUAGUGCCGGAGAAGUGCUGGAAACAGCUUGCGCAGUAUCAAAUGCAAAAGUGUCUGGGUCUGGAAGAAUGCAACUUGUGACGCUGCAUUUGGAUUUCAAAAAAAUUUGUAUUCCAUGAGUAGCAAAGGGAGUGUAAUUUUUGCUACGCGGAUAGGGCUUUUGUCAUGAAAAAUAGGCAUCAAGAACCAACCCCUCGAAAAAUCUGUGAUGCUUCGGCAUGCAUCACAGACAUAAUUGCUCAUGCAAAACGUGCAUAACAAGUCUCAGAACCUCCCAGACCCAGACAUUUUUGCAUUUGAUACGCAGCAGAUAGCAGCCUUGACCGAACUCGGAGCGACAACGCAGAAGCAGGUGGCGGCGCUGCACGCCGACGUGGCGACGGCGCGGAAUAUGACCGCGGCGGAAAACUUACGAAGGUGCGCAAGCACUCCUCGUGGUCCCCUCGUUUGAUGUCAUACAGCAAGCCAAAUCUAGCUGUUGCCUUUUGGCACUGCUGGUUGCAUGACAAAUUUCUGGAUCUUCCCAAGCAGGACUACAGUCCGCGCAUGAACUUGUCUCGCAUAGGUUAGUAGAUGCUAGCUGGGCUUUAUGUUGCUGGUCGUGCCCUCCAAAUGAGGGGGAGCAGCGAGACGAGUUGUGCAUUCCCAUAGAACUGGUGGAACGCGCAGAAAAUCGACGAACAGAACAAAAACCAAAAAGAGUCCUUCAACGCCCUGGCGCACAAUGUGCAUCUGCUCGCGAUGUUUGGAUAUGCAUUGCAAAAGUACCUUACUAGAAUUGCAAUACAAAUAGGCUCAGCAUUAAAAAUAUAAAUUUGUAGUGCGAAUUUUCCUUAGCACCUGGAUUUGUAAUGCAUAAACUGCAAUUAUUAUGAGUACGAUACUUUUGCACUGGGUAUUGGAAACGUACAGCAGCGGCUGGGUAUGGCGGGAGAGGUACUAGUUGGUGGUGAAAACUCGCCUAACAUCAUCCCUAGCACAGCUAGUACAGUUGUGGGCAUGAUCUCCAGUCGUGCCAGUGGUGCGACAACAGGCGCGAAUGUUGAUGUCCCAAAUCGUGUCGAAAUGAUGUCGAAGCAGCAUCAUGGGUUCUCAUCAUCUGUUUCGACAUCCGAGGGACGACGACAAUCUGCAACCAGUUUUACACUCCGAAGCCGAGGCCCAUCUGCGGAACAGUUGGCUUACCACGCCGAAAGCAGCACCCCGUACGUGAUCCGCGAUUCAUCUUCUGUUCAACCAACUGAUUGUUCAUCAUAUAUGAAGUUACAGCUCAACAGUUUGCGCAUCCUCGACUUGAUUACGGAGCAGCAGCAUGGGCAGUGGAUGAACGACCUUUGCAUUUCCUCGGGUGUGAAGCAGCGAAGUGCGUCGAGUGGAAAAAUUGAGGGUGCAGGAGCGCCCAAAGAUAAAGCUGUUCUCCAGCGGUACUAUCGCGAGCAAGCCGAUCGUGAAGACAACAUACUCGACGAGAUUUCCGCGAUUCUGCUUCGAGCCGCGGACAAGCUACUGGCAACGUUGAUGGGAGUAGAUGAAAACCGUCCUGGCUGGCCAGCUGCUGGUCGUCCUGAUAUGCAGCUACAUCUACAACGAUCUAGUACAACUCCCAACAAGCUGACCACACAGACGUUGACCCAGAAAGCUUGGGCGCUGGUGAACCUCGGUCUGAUUGACACCAACGUAGGGAAAGCAUUGUCCACGGAGAUUGAUGUGCUGCAGCAGGCUGAGGAAGCGGUAGUAGAUCCAGCAAGAACAUCAAGUCCACAAGUGCUCGCUGCUAUGAAGACAGUUUCCGCUAAAAUCGACAUUCUCAGUCGCAGCGCACCAUCAACAGGGACGGGGGGAAGGCGAGCAGGUCCGAGCUUUUCUUCUGUGACCCACGACGGCACGAAAUCAGAAUCAGAUCCCCCUCCACCACCGAAGCAUGCUCCUCCCGACCAGCUAAUCAAAUGGCUCAAGGACGCGGUGUUUUCCCUGCGAGCCAGCAACGUGAUAGACGCGACCCGAGCGGGGUUUUUACGGAAAUCUAUCAAGGAUCUGGGAGUAGACUUUGGAAUUGAUCGCCCCACCAGAAUAAAUUAUGAUCGUGAACAAAAAGACCAAAAUCAAAUUCAAGACGAAGCCCACACGACUACCACCGCCACCCGCCUCGUGCGCGAAAUUCUUACUCUGCGAGCGCUGGGCAACGCUGCGCACGUCACUGCUUUGGCGAAAAUUCGCUCCCAAGUCCUCGCUCUGGUCACGCUGGAAAUCAUCGACCGCUUGGCCGCCUGUUGGAUCGCGUGUGACCUCCGCGCGGCGGCCAAGUCAAACAACGUGGGGGAAACGGUGGAGAUGUGGAACGACGGCGUUGACUACAUUUUAGCCGCCUUCCGGAACCAUGCCGCGGUGAUGUUGGACCGUGGAGGUCGGGGAAACAAGAAAUCGAGGCCGCCGCCAAUUGAGUUGCCGGAAAUGGUGGAAAUCUUGGCGUUGAAAAACCAGGGCUUCGUGCCGGCGCAGUUGCUGCAAGACCUGGAGACGCAUGUCAGCGCGUUGGAAGGUAUAAGUGCGAUUUAUUUUUCGCUGAAUACUGGCGCCCUGAAACAUCUGGAACAGUAUCUGAGAUGAUGCAUGACAUUAUCUUCAAAGUGAAAAAAGCAUAGAUAGCCAUUAGAUAGUGCUAUUUCGGCCUCGGCGAAGAUGAUUUUUGCCCGGCUCCUUUCGAGGACGUACAAGGAAACAACUUAUGUCGCGCAGUGGGAGAGUGAACGAGUGGACGGGGGGGAAAGAAAAACGCCAGAGGGGCAAGGGAAAAGAUUUUUGAUGCAGGGCGGGGUCAGGCAUCUGCGCCGCUUCUUGCUGAAAGAACGAAGGCGGAGCGCCAUGGCGCCCGUGGUUCCCGUCGUUGUGCGAGCGCGAGGGCCCCGCCCGCGCUGGGCGCGCGUUUGCUUGGCGGCAAGCCUUAGGCCCAAGCAACAACGCAAAGCGCGGCAGCGGGCGGCCGCCAGUGGACGGGGGAACAGGCCGCGCCAUGCGAGGCGUUGGCGCGUGACGCCCCUUUCGCGCGUUUGUGGUGUUGCCCGUUCGUGCCGCCUGCCUGUGCGCCCCCCCCGCCCCUGUGCGCCUUGGUGCCCCCCGCCCUUCUCCCGCGCGCAGCCUUGCAGAACGGGGGCGCGCUGGGGCCCCUGCCGCGCGCGUGGAUGGAGGACGGGCGCCGGGGCGGGGCAUUCAUACAUUGCCCUCCAGGCGCAGGGGCCCACCACCCUCCCCCAGCACCCCCGGACAACAACGGCGCCCCCCGUGUUCGCCCGCAUGCAACCUGUUGCGCCCCCGCCUGCUUCCCUCGCGCGCACCCUCCAAGACUGACAGAGACGGCGGAUGGUGGCGCCCUCUGCCGGCCUCUUCGUGAACAGAGGGAGGGCGCCGGGGAAGGGUGGUGGGCAGCUGCUCGCCUGCAAGCCUGGCGCUGGGGCGCGACUCUCCUUUCGCGAACAGAGCAGGGAGGGCGCCGGGGGAGGGUGGUGGGCAGCUGCUCGCCUGGUGCUUGGCCGCCGGUGGCGUUCCCCACCCAACGGCGGCACACGCUUUCUCAGUGCAUUUCCAGCCGGCCUGUUCAAAGUGUUUCCAGCUGGAUUUCCAGUUGAAGGGGCCUGCUCCAUAUAUUUCUAUCUGGGAAUCCAGCUGGAAGCACUUUGAGAAGGCAUCUGCAGCGCGGGCCUUGCUGCAACUUCAGGCGAAGCAAGACACCUCAAGGCAUAUCCAGGCGGAAGCUCGGGUGGAGAUGCCUAAGGGCAUUUCCAGUGAGGAUCGCGGGGCUUUUCGGUUUUUUUCCCCGAGUUGCUGUGUUUCGCACAGCUAUUCUGGCUACCCGGGGAAGACAUUGGCCUAAUGGGAAGGCAUUGGGGUAAUGGGGAGCUGCCGGGUUGUGCCAGGGUAUUGGGGCCGAAUGAUAAAAGUUUGUUUCUUGUUAGUAAUUGGCGCGCUCAGCAUAGCUCUUCUGGCUACCCGGGGAUCGGGUUUCCAGUACGAUAUUGGGAGGGUAUCAGGAUAGUGAGAGGAUGUAUUUUUUCCAGAGUUGCUGUGUUUAGCACAGCAAUUCUGGCUACCCAGGAGAAAGAUUUCCCAGUAGGGUAUUGGGUGGGUAUCAGGAUAGUGAGGGGAUAUCGGCAGGGUGGGAAGGUAUGGGGAAGGGGAGGGAGAAUUUUGCUUGUUUUCCCCGAGUUGCUGUGUUUAGCGCAGCAGUUCUGGCUACCCAGGGGAAAGAUUUCUCAGCAGGACAGGCGACAAUCCCCGCAGAACUUGCAGGGAUGCGAUCGCCGCCUUCGGUCUUCGGUGGGUUGCCUGAUCGCGUUGCUCUCCUCGGACGCGCGAUCAGCUGAGGUUUUUUUUUUCCUUAGGGAUUUCAGUAAGGAAGUGCCACGCGAUCGCGCAGAUCCGGGCGACCCUGCAAAAUAUUUUGCGUUGCAAAAUAUUUUGGAGCUGGAAAAUAUUUCGAGCCGGGAAAUAUUUCGAGCCGGGAAAUAUUUCGAGCCGGAAAAUAUUUCGAGCCGGGAAAUAUUUCGAGCCGGGAAAUAUUUCGAGCCGGAAAAUAUUUCGAGCCGGGAAAUAUUUCGAGCCGGGAAAUAUUUCGCGCCGGAAAAUAUUUCGAGCCGGGAAAUAUUUCGGGCCGGAAAAUAUUUCGAGCCGGAAAAUAUUACUUCGGGCCGGAAAAUAUUUCGAGCCGGAAAAUAUCACUUCGAGCCGGAAAAUAUUUCGAGCCGGAAAAUAUUACUUCGAGCCGGAAAAUAUUACUUCGAGCCGGAAAAUAUUUCGAGCCGGAAAAUAUUUCGAGCCGGAAAAUAUUGCGAGCUGGGAAAUAUAACGAGCUGGAAAAUAUUCCGAGCUGGAAAAUAUUUCGAGCUGGAAAAUAUUUCGAGCUGGAAAAUAUUUCAAGCUUGAAAAUGUUUCGGGCUGCAAAAUGGCCGCUGGGAGCUGCAAAAUGGCCGUUGGGAGCUGCAAAAUGGCCGUUGGGCGGCGGGCGUUGGGCGGCGGGCGUUGGGCGUUGGGCGACUUCCCAAAUCGCGACAGCUUUGGAAAGUUUGAAAAUUGUAAAAAAAUUUUCGGCGUGGACGAUUUUCCUCCCCGUCGCAAAAUUUUAACUGCCCCUGCUCAGCAAUAGGAGUUAUAUGAUUCUUUCUCCCGCUCUUUACCCCAGAUGCUCACGCAGCCCGAUUGAAGAAAAAGGAUUCGAACAGCCUCCGUGAGCAGUUGCAGGAUCUGGAUGCGUAUCCCCUCUGCAAAAAUAUCGUACUCGUACUAGUAAUUGCAGUUUACUUAUGCAUGGCAAAUCUCCUUCCAAAUCUAAAACAGCAUUUAAGUACUCAAAUUUUAUUUGACAUGCUGAGCGAAUUUGUAAUGCGAUUUAUACUUAGUGCGAUCAUGUUCAUGCAGCUUUUGCGUUGCAUAAAGCGAAAAGGUCUCGGGAAGAGGCUGCCCGUGCGAUCCAGGAAGCGGAUCUGCAGCAGGGAAUGCUCGAGAAGCAAGCUCCUGCUAUUGCCUACGAGCAAAAUACGAGGGACAGAGUGCCGGGCUACGAACCGCUAGAACCGCAUCCGUCUUUAAUGUUCGAGGACCAUUUAUUUGAAGACGCAACCGGCGGUAAAAACAUUUUCGCCGAAGAACUGCAAGGACGAGGAAAUGAAAACUACCUCGCUCCAUCCAUUUUCGACAUCCGUAACAGGCACUCCACCCUGCUGCAACGCUUUACCCCGCCGGACGAAGUCUCUUUACGGUUGAACAGGAUAGACGACGAAGCCAUUUUCGCUGCCGCAUUUACAUCCGGCGGAACCACGACGAAUUCACAAGGACUUUUCCAUCUUGUUGCCGAUGGAUCUGGCUCGUUGGUGCAAGAUUUGCACUCGCACUACACGACCACUCUGCGGAGAGAGAAACACGAUCAGCAAACUCACAACCCGGCGCGACGUGCGCAGCAUAGUCUGACCUUUCCAAGAAAGAUCCGGGUGCUGCAAGACUCCUUCGACCUAUUUUUGCGGCAUUCUUAAAACCUCGGUACGAGUGCUCGUCGCGCCCUAAUCUAUCCAUUGAAUUCUAUCCGUAUGGUCCUCGUCGAUAGGCAUCAACCCUGAAGAGUAGAAAAUCAACGUCCGAAUGAGCGACAGAAUUCACUUACUGCAACUACACGAGGCAAAAGUAAAACAAUAUAGGAAAAAUCUGUUCUAUACGAUCUAAAUAUCGAUAUCAAACCCAAAGUAAUAUCAAAGGAAAAGGUGAUCCUCAUAAUCAUACAGCACGACUAAUGUCGGUCAAGUUUUUUUGUGUGUGCGAAUCAAAAAACGCAACCGCAGCACGCCAAAGCACAUGGGUCUCAAAUACAAAAGAAUGCAGGUCAACGGAGAAAAUGAAAAAGUUCCCAUAUGACUUUGAAAUUUUGAUGAUCGCUGUAUUUUCGAGUUUGUUCUUUUUGCACGGCAGAUUUUUUUCUUGAAGAAUCCUUCCAGGUUGUGAGCGAACGGUAGCAAGUUUCUCUGUCUAGUGUCGAUAAGUUUUCAAGCAUAAGUAAGAACACGAAUAUUUUUCAUAACGAGAGUCGAGUACUGCAACUUCAUUAGCUGCUUGUAAUUCCACCUGUCUCUUGACGAGACCUUUCGCUUUCCGUCUCUCAUCUCAGUCGGACCAUUGCAGUUUCCUAGAAAGGACUUUUGUACUGAUUGCCGCGGCGAAAUUAUCUGAUUUCGGCUGCAGCAUAAAUUACCAGAACUAGUACCAGCGGAAGCAAGUACAACGACAAGGGUUGUGUGGCUCAAAACCUCACGACGCGAACUCAAUAUAACAAUC